CUAGGAGGCCACCUGGUGGUUAGGUAUAUAGUUAGAUGCAGGACUUACCUUCAAGGUCCACUACUAAAUACGCCUACAGAAGGCCUGUAUAGCAGAAGCGCAAGUACAAUCCCUAUGCUGGCAACAGGGACUACCCCCAGGCUUGGUUCAGAGGAUUCAAGUGGCAGCAGUACAGGCAGUGGCCCUAUAUGGGGCAGAGCUUUAGUGGCAGGGUUAAAAAGACUAGUUGGCAGGUAUGCAACAGCUGGUCAACCAGCAGGCCUGGGCUAUCACAGGUAUGUUCCAAACUACCCCCAUUGGGCCCUUAGUGCGCAAGGCAGGCCUAGAGCCAGCAGAGACCCUGCUAGAGGCCUGGCAACUUAG